AUGUCGCGUCUUGCCCGCGCUCUCGCUGCCGGAGCCGCCCUUCUCGCCCUGCUCGCCUCCCUAACCUCAGCCCUCACCAUUCCCGAAGACCUCGUUGACGGCGUCUACGAGAUUGACUGGUUGCGCGGAAGCGAGGGCACAAUCGCCUCGUGGAGCUACUUUGAAAUGCCUCACGACGUGGAGUUCACCGCGGUCAAGUUCAACGGCAAAGUGCCGCUGCCCGUCAAAGACAAGGCCGUCGGCUGCCUCCUCAAGGACCGCCGCCUCGACAGCGUCACGCUGACCGAUUUCACCCGACGCGACGAUCAGGACAAGGCCAUGAAGAUGCUCGAAAACUGGUGCGAGUCGACCGCCUUUAUCCAAAAGUGCGCCAUCGUAUUUGCCCUCUACAACGACAUGCUCUGGUACGUCUGCAACUGGGACACCAGCUACCAGCUCCGGUCCGUGCAGCAGCGCUGCUCCCGGCUCGAGCUCCAAGACGCCCGCAAGCGCAUGGACGCAAAGUGCGGCCGGGACAAGCGCAGCGAGGUGACGAUUGGUGCGUGGACAAAGACGUAUGGCAGGAGUCACCGCUUUGGUGAUAUCUGCGAGGGAAAGGAAACCUGGACUUGA